GCGGGGCUGGCGCGGUGUCAGCGCGAGGCCGAGGAGGUGACGGAGCUGAUGAAGCAGAAUUUCACGCGCGCGCUGGAGCGGGACGGGCGCCUCAACGACCUCGACAGCCGCGCGCAGGAGCUGCGCGCCAUGGGUGAGACCUUCACGCGCAGCACGCGGGCGGUGGCGCAGCGGCAGCAGGGGGGGUCCCGGCGGUGGCGCCUCCUGGCCCUCGGCCUCGGCCUCCUCCUCCUCCUGCUCCUGCUGCUG